UGAACAUAUAUAAAAUUAAGGUACCAAUUAUAUUAUUUAAACACAUGUUUGCCCACUCUCUCUCUCUCUCUCUCCUGAAUUCUGAAAGCAAGCAUAGAUUUUGUUGAGAAGGAAUGUUUGAUCGGGGGGAGGAACUGGCUUAUGGAAGCUACAGGGCACCAUGGCUAAUCUGGAUCCAGCUCCUGGUCACUCUCCUCCUCAUACUUAUAUUCUUCCACUUCACCUUCUUCUCUUUUGGGCUCCACCUUUCCUCCACCGCUUCAUCUUCUGCUCCUCUGCUGGCCUCCACCACCACCACCACCACCACCCGAUUUGCCAACACAAAGUUGCAGACAAGGGAACUGGACGCCAUCAAAGGCGACGCUGGAACAAGCACGAGCAGGAGAAGUGGGGGAAGAGAAGAAGACAAAGGAGAAGGAGACGAGGAGGAUGCAAUAUUAGCUGAUGAUGAUGAUGAUGAUGAUGAUGAGGAUGAGGAUGAUGCCUCAUCAGUUUACUAUCACCACCCCUGCUUCUAUCUGGGAUUAGCCAAACAAGCUUUCCUCAAGUGUUUGGGCUUUAUUUGAUGCUACGUACCUCUAGAGGUUCUUGAUUAUCCCAAGACAAAGAGUCUUGAUCUUUCAAAGCUUGUGUCUGUCCAUGUCUCCACUUGUACAUAAAUUUUAUGUAAUUCAUUUAAGUCUUUGGGUAACUCCAUGCCCUAAUAUCAUACAAUAAAUUUUUAUUUA